UGUUCUUCAGAGGGCUCGCGCACACCGGAGGAGCAGCAGCACGCAGCAGCAGCAGCCCAGCAAGAAGAAAGUGAUUUAAAAUUAGCCGACUGUAGCCUUCGGUCUGCUGUAGCCUGUUCCUUCUGUUACACGGUGACAUUUGAACAGGCCAAUACUAAAAUUAUAUUGGCGGCGAUAGUAACAUUAAUAGCUGAAGUAACCUACCAUGGAGGACCAGCUGCUGUGCUGCGAGGUGGACUCCAUCAGGAGAGCCUACCAGGACGUUAACCUGCUCAACGACCGGGUUCUCCACACCAUGCUGAAGGCAGAGGAAACCUACUUACCCUCACCAAACUACUUCAAGUGUGUUCAGAAAGAAAUUGUACCUAAAAUGAGGAAGAUAGUUGCCACCUGGAUGUUAGAGGUUUGCGAGGAACAGAAAUGUGAGGAGGAGGUUUUUCCCCUGGCUAUGAACUAUUUGGAUAGAUUUUUAUCAGUGGAGGCCACCAGGAAAACACGACUACAGCUGCUGGGAGCUACGUGCAUGUUUCUAGCAUCCAAGAUGAAGGAGACUGUGCCCUUAACAGCAGAGAAACUCUGUAUCUACACGGACAACUCGGUACAGCCCGGAGAACUGCUGCAAAUGGAGCUGCUGGUUCUAAACAAGCUGAAGUGGGAUCUGGCUUCAGUCACGCCUCACGACUUCAUCGAGCACUUCCUGUCUAAGCUGAAGAUCUACCCGUCCACCAAGCAGAUCCUCAGGAAACACGCCCAGACCUUUGUGGCACUCUGUGCUACAGAUGUUAACUUCAUUGCCAGUCCUCCGUCCAUGGUGGCAGCAGGCAGUGUGGUUGCAGCUGUUCAGGGUCUCUACCUGAAGAGCCAAGAUGCUUCCCUGUCGUCCCAGAACCUCACCAACUUCCUGUCACAAGUGAUUCGCAGUGACCCGGACUGCUUGCGGUCAUGUCAGGAGCAGAUAGAGUCUCUGCUGGAGUCCAGCCUGCGGCAGGCUCAGCAGCACAGCAGCACCACAGAAUCCAAACGUGUGGAUGAGGACGUGGACCUGUCCUGCACCCCGACAGACGUCAGAGACAUCAACAUCUGAAAUGACAUACAGCUGCGUUGCACCAUGACCCAAUGAUUGAGGGAAAGUUAUGGAUAGAGGGUGUUGACAGGAGGGCUGGGGGUGGGGUGGGUGUGUGCCUCAUCUGAACUCGGCCUCCCCUCCUUCUUCUCUUUCUUCUCCUCCUUCCUCCCGGUGGCCUGCUGUCGUGGCUGACAUGUCACUCACAUGCACACUGUCUGCUAUGACCACCAAGAUGGGACAGAGCGCACCCCCUACCCACCCGGCCCACCCACCCUGCAACAAAUCCCAAGUCACAUUUCCUGCCAGUGUCCCCACAUCCCAUCCCGGGAAAUGAAAUGAACACUACACGAGUGUGCCGGAGAGAAGAGACACUGAUCAUUGAUGACCUGCGUGGGCUGGAGCUGAAGCCACAAAAACAGACCUUUUAGUAGAUAUUUUUUUCUUAUUCCCACAAAUAUUAAACUAGGAAUAUUUCAAUUACCGCAGACUCAACUUGCCUACUAAAACAUCCCAAAGUGUCAUGUACAGUAGGUUCUCGUAGUCUGUUUUCAGGUCUUCAUCUGAAAUCUGACAUUUACUAAAGAGAAGAAGAUUUUUUUUGUUUUCAUUUCUUUCCUGUUGUAUCUAGAAUGUUUUAGACUUCCUGUCCAAGCUCCCAUGUUUGUCUUGUUGCAGUGCGGACAUUCAUAUAGCCCUGCUUGCUUAUGUUUAGUCACUUUAUUAUGUAUCAUUUUAGACGUCUUUAUCAGUUAGUCAUAUACCUCUUUUCUUCCAAACCUUCUUUUUUCUUUUUUUAAACCAAGUGUAGUGUGAGACGCUCUGUUUUUAUGACCCUAGUGACUGUGGACUGCUGAUGUGAGUUUGGACAAAUGGAAUUUUUUGUUCAUUUGUUGACUGACGUUCACUUUACCCGUUUCACCUUGCUGCGGUUUGAUGAGAUCAAAUCAGCGCAGACCCAGGGAGAGCAAUCCACAGUCUGUUAAUGUUUUCUUUUUCUGUGUAGUUAUAUCUAAUACCAUUCCAACUUUGUUUUCUAAAAAAAGAAAAGCACUUUUGGUCAGCACUGCUGGCUUGUCUAAAAAAAAAAAAAAAUCACAGUGAUAAAGUUUGUAAAACAACCUGAAAAUGGAAUGAGGGGGUUUGAGCAGGAGUCAUUUGGUGAUAGAGUCAGAACAGCACCUGCAUACGGAUGCACCUGGAUCUGAUUCAUCUAAAUGGGACAGAAAAAUUGACCAGUAUGGCAGAAAAACUUUUUGAAAUAAGACUGAAUGCUGCUUAACACUGUCAUGAGUCUCAUAGAGCCAGUGGCUCACUGUAGCUGCCUUUCAAGUCUCAGACGUGAGUUUUAGUUCAACAAAUGUUUCAGAAAGUCAGAGCCGCUCUUGCGUUUUAGGAAAUAUCAUUGUUUUUUAGUUAAACCACAGUGUGCGGAGACAAAAGCUGAAGGUCCAGAGAUAAACAUAAAAAUAACUAUUAUUUUCAUAGUUGAAGUAAUACAUAAUUUUUAUGGAGUAUUAUUUAUUUUUUUAGCUCACAAUUUCUAGCUUUCUAACUAACCAUAGCUCCACCUACUGAUGUUUAACUCAACCGGUGAGGUUAUCCCUGCCAUGCAGAAAUAUUUGUAAACCUAAAACUCCAGUCUGCCUCUAAAUCACAAGGACAGCAUCUCCUCCAUUGCUUCACCUCGGUUCAAAUACUGCUCAUGGAUUCUGGGAUGGAGAUGAAGCUUAGAAAAACAAAACAAAUAAAAAAAAGGAGUGUGGGGAGACUAUUGACAUGAUUUUGCACAAACCUAAAAGACGUGGGCUGCGUUUCUUGGCUGACUUGCUGAAGAAAAGCGGAGAGCAAAGCUGGCAAGAGCACCAAGCCGGGGGGGGGGGGGGGGGGUGAAAAAAUGAUGAAAAGUGGCAAAAAAGGGUGAAAGCUCAACAGCGAGGUGCGUCUGAACGCUGUAGAGCUCUAGUCAGGGUUCCUACACAGGACAGGGAAGAUGUCAUGAGCAGGUAGUGGCAGAUAUAUACUUUAUGUAUGAAGAUGGACAGAUCACUAUGACCAGGACUCUCUUCAAAUCAAACUCAUAGACAAAAGGAUUGAAUUGUGAGAUGUAUGUCAGGCUGUGUAGGAACCCUCUAAAUUAGGUUUCUGAGUAUACAUUAAGGAUAGAGAGUAGGAGAGAAACACUCCUUGUAUUCCGCUGCUAUAGAAAAUAAAUCCCAGCUAGUUGUUUAAAAAAGAAAAAAAAAAGAUGACAAACGUAAAGGAUAAAAUCGAUGCUUUUCUCCUGUUUGCUGCUACAUUUUUGGAUGUUUUUUAUACAUAUAAAUGUCAAUAUACUGCCAUUCUAGGUUUGAAUUUUCUCAUAGAAAAUUGUGUUAUUGACAUCCUCAUUUGUUGCUUUGAUGUAGAUUUUUUUAUGUGAUCAGUUUUUGCUUUUUUUAUGUAAUAUGAUUCUCCUUACUAUUCCAAAAAGACAAAAAAAAAAAAAACAAGGAAAAAUGAGACAAUGUACAGAAAUGCUUUGAUCCACAAUACCUCAU